UUCCUGCAUAGUGAUAACAUAUCUAUAAGCCGUGUGUGUGUGUUUUCUGAAAAUAUCUACUUUCAUUUAUGCAGUGAUGUAUAACAAAAUAAUGUUAUAGUAAACGUUAUAUAUACGUUGAUUUAUGAAGUUUAAGACAAGUGGUAAAGUGAAUUUUACAUUUUAAUCAAUGUAGGUUAAGCAUUCUUGAAAGUGUGAAUAAGACCUGGAUUACUAUUUACACAAAACACUAAAAUGCUUCAAGGGCGGAUAAAGUAUAUCUGGGCACAGGGGCGCUAGACAAUAAUAUAUAAGAACGAUCGUCACAUUUGAUUGCCGGAACAAGAGAUAUUCAAACUUACCGCAUGAAAAAAAAUGGUUAAACUCGAGAACGAAUAUUUCGUGAGAUUCAUACUGCUUGUGAUCAAAGGCGGUUCACAGAUCUUAAGAAAAAUUGUCAGUAGCGGGCUUGAGAAACAAAAAACAAGCCUAGAAAAAUUUCUAAACAAUGAGAAACAGGCUAUAUGUUCGUCAAAAGACUUCACAAAGUUACACAGAGAUAAAUUGUACUAUUCAUCUGAACCACCAGACAUUUCAAACUGGGAUAUUUCACUGCUCUCUCGCGUUGUGCUUCUUGAUUUCUUUGGAUUAGACUCUUCGCAAUCUGCUGCCGUGAAGAAAAUAAGGGAACUGAGGAAUCAGUACCAAGCCCACACAACAGAAGCAUCGAUUGAAAUAAGACAUUUCCACACAGUUUGGAACGAACUAGUUCUUGUAAUUACGUUCCUAAGUCAUGAAAUCGAUAAAAAUGAUAGACUCGAAUUGAUGGAUUUAAUAAAUAACCUUGCAAGUGAACAAUUGGACUUGAACGCUUCAAUAGAAGAACUGAAGAUGUUGGAUCGGACUGACGAAUUCUUUGAAAGUAUACAAAGAAGCAUUGAAAGAAUGGAACAGUCUAUUCAACAGGAAGUUAGAAGUUGCCAUCAAGAUGUUCUUGUUUUGAAGCAAACAGUUAUCCCAGAUUUGACUGCAAUAAAGCAGGAGCUGUUACAAAUAAGGGCCCAGAUGAUUCAUAAUGGCGAAAACAUAAAAGAUGUAUAUACUGUUUUCGGCAAGGUUCGUGUCAGUGCGAUAGAACAAACAACAGUGGACACGGCAGAACAAAUUUUGCUUUCGGCUUCGCGAGGCAGUACUUCAGACAAAGCUUCGACAGAUAUCAACCAUAAUGUAAAAGAAUGCAUUGACAAAUUCAAGGAAGAUGUGGAAAAGAAAGAUGUAACAAUUGUUGAAGUGAAUAAAGGUUCUGUCACCUUCACAUUCGAAUGUUUGUCACUGACAGCUGUAAUAGACCUGAUAGAUUACUUCGACGGAUCGGGAAUGCAAUCACUUCUAGUCAACUUGGAAAGGACUCUGAGUGAUUUGCUGGGUCAGACAGUAUACAUCAUAGCAUACAUACCUGACAAACCAAUGCUGGAUAUAGUUGCAAAGUUAAAGAAUAUUAAAACUGGAGCAGUGCAAUUCUCGAUGCAGUGCACCGGGGUAGAAGGUCUUGUCAAUGCAUGGGAUGUGUUUGAAGAAGACGCCGGAUAUGAUUCUCUAAACAAUUUGUCAAGUGCGCUAUCGAAAGCUGUUGGUCAGUCAGUAAAACUUACAACAGAUAUUGAUACUAAAAGCUUUAAGGAAGCCAUCACAAAAGCAAGAGAAUCAAUCGAAGUAAAGGCAGAUAACCCCUGGCAUUCUCACGAAAUGGGUUCCGAUGCUUACAAUAGCCUGGAGAUAAAUGAGGAAAUGAAUGUCCAAAGAUCAGAACCGCACCUGGCUGGAUCUGAUCUUAAAGAAGCAAAAGCCACAUUGUUUGCUGAUAUCAUUGAGAUUAAAGAAGAAUAUGCUGCAUUGAAAGCUGGGGUCGUUGAUCUCAAAGAAGAAAAUGCUACAUUAUUAGCUGAUAUCAUAGAUCUGUGUGAAAGAUCAGACUGCAAGAACGCUGAGGUCAUUUUGCUGAUUGGUAAAACAGGCGCCGGAAAAAGUGCGCUUGUCAACACCGUCCAUAAAGCAAUCACAGGAAAGUACUACGCCAUAGCGAGACAGGGAAGUGGAAGGGCACAAACUGUUACCAUGGAUUUAAGCAGGUAUGACAACUGCGGUGUCUCAUUAGAAACUAUUACAGAUGAAGAGCGAAGGCAUACGAUAGAAAAGAUAUUACCAAAAUUACCACACAUUGUUGAUUGUGCUGGUCUAGGGGACGAAGAUUCACCCGAGUUACGUGAGAUAUUGGAGCUUCUGGUCGGAGGUUUUAUACCGCCGAAAACACAUAUCGAAGCUUUACAGUCAAAACAGAAAGAAUUCGGAGUCGGAUGUCUGAAACGAUUGUACCCAAAUGCAAACCCAGCAUGGGCAGUGACUAAAGUUGUUUUCCUGCAGAGCUGCACAGAUAGUAUACCUAAAAAUCUUAUCGAGUCUCUAAUGAAAGUGCUGAAAACAAUAGAUCAGGCAAGAUUGAAAAGAAAAUAUUCGGCUGAGGUUUUCUUACUGAUCACGAAGUACGACUUAGUUAGCGACACCGGUCUGCAGCUUGUUUAUUCAAAGGAUGGCUAUAGUGAAUCUUUAAAUAAGGAAGAUGAAGGGCUAGCUUUGGAUAUGGAGCAUUUCGUCACGAUUGAGAAAAAGACAGCUUUUGAACUCAACAUGAUUGGAGCCCUUGAAGCUCGAAGAAUCCGCUGGAUAAGUUUUACAGACAGAAUAAGCGAUAACCCUUGGAUUGACAAUAAUGCCCUGAAGUUCCUGAAACUUAUGUUAGAACCAGGACCUCCAGUAUCUGAACCGGUACAACCUGUUAUGAGUCUAAUGAAAAGCAUUGAGCUGCAUCUUUUCAGACUUGGCAAUGGCAUACAAAGGAUCAGUGAAAAUAGACAUGAACAUACAUGGUCUUUAUUCGUUGUUGUUUCUGUUUUUGUUACUGUGAUAGCUAUACUCUACAUGCUCCUUUCAGUCAGUAUAUAAAAAGCUGUUCAAUAUGAAGACUUAAAAAAGCCACUUAAGGGGCCUCCGUGGCCGAGUGGUUAAGGUCGCUGACUGCAAAUCACUUGCCCCUCAUCGAUGUGGGUUCGAGAAGGCCGGUGGUUCUACCCAGGUGCCCGCUCGUGAUGAAAUAAUGCACGGAGGGGCACCUGGGGUCUUCCUCCACCAUUAAAGCUGGAAAGUCGCCAUUUGACCUAACAUGUGUCGGUGCGACGUUAAAUCAAAAAAAAAAAAAAAAAAAAAAAAUGAAAAACGCCAUUUAAAUGAUGAUGUUUUGCAUGUAAUUUUAAAAUAUGUACAUGUAACUCGCCGUUUUUAUAUAAUAUUUUGUAUUGUUAAUGUAUUGUUACAUUUCACUUUCAGUCACAAAUAAACAAGAAUAAACAAGAAUUAUUCUAUA